AUGACACGCCGACAUCGAACCUUUAUAGUGCUAAUCACAAGUGCUGCAGCAGCUACGUUAGGUCUUAAUCGUUUAAUUCAUCGAAAUCAAGCGAAUUCUUCCGUUGACGACGAUACUUCCAAUCUUCCAAUUCAGUUAAUCGAGGCCAAACUUCAUUUAAGUGAUGAUUUAUUAAAAAACAAGGAUAAUACCUAUAUUCCAAUUGAAUCCGCCGAUGAAUCAAUCAGCUUUCGAUAUCAUCAAGCUUUACAAUAUGUCAAGCAAAGCCAUUCGACUAACACUCGUAUCCGUGAGCGUGGUCUCAGUCAUCUUGCCAAAUUAAAACAUCUUCCAUCGGCUUAUUAUUCGAUUAUUGGUCAACAAUUGGAUUUACAUUCUGCCAUUCAGCUAGCACGAACACGUGAAGCGAAUUCCAAUUUCUUUCCUUCCGGUCCGCCGUAUAUCUUUACGAUUGCAAACCAAAAAGUUCUUGCGACGGACAGUGUGGAUAAUUUGAAUGAUGACGAUGUGCUUUUACAUACAAUGAGAGGAUUUCUCGACAAGCUAAUCGAUGACAGUAAACGUCCAUUGGAUGUCUUGAGUCAUCACUAUCAAACAUUGUUGAAAUCUUAUUUGGAUGAAAUUGAUUCUCAGACAAUCUUUGAUCUUGGUCAACACUUUGAACCUGAACAUGCGGAUAUGUCAUCGAAAGCGAUCAAACGUUAUCGAUCGAAUUUAGAAAUCUAUUCUACGUUUCUCUACGCUCUUCGUGGUUAUGCUGAUCGUUAUCCACUUGAAGUUAUUCAACAUAAUGGCCUACAAAUAUUGAAGUAUUUAUACGAAAAACGCAAAGAAAAUGUUCCAUUUGUGAGAUUCAUUGGCAAAAUUCUUCUUUUACUCAGCCGAGAUCAACGAACACAUCAUGCGUUUUAUGCCGUUGGCUGGAUAAGAAUUCUUCAUGAAAUGGCAUUGGAUGACAAUAAUAUCGUCUAUUGCUUGCUUGGAUCAACGAUUCUCGCGAAUCUCGAUCGGCCGAUACAUGAAAAUACGUCGACUAGUGAAACGAAAAUCUCUCUGAACAAUAAUGUUCAGCCAUUACAUUUACCAACUGAAAUCAGUAGUAUCGAACUCAUCGAAGCCGAAGAGAAAACUGAAGAGAAAAAAGAAAUAGCUCUUGAACAUCAACCGGCUGCAAAAACGCCCAGUGUGAUUGAUAAAUUUAUGCGUCGAGUAUGGUACACAAGACCAGUUUCCGAUGAAGGAGACGUACUCGACGAAAUUCAAACUAAAACGGGAGAUGAUGUUGAUGAUGAAAAGAAAAUUGUUGCACCUGAUAUUGACACUAGUCACUCACCGAAUGUUGAGCAUACAAGCCAAUCGGGUGAUAAUGAUGAAAACAUUCAAGGAGAAGAGAAACAUGGAUCAGCACCAUUCUGGCUCAGCGAACAAGUAUAUGGCGAUAAGCUUUAG